GUUUAGCAGUGAUGACCACUAGCCUCUUCUAUAUCCUUUCUGUUGCUUACAACAGAAUUUCUUAAUUUCUUAAAAUGAAUUUCUUAAUUUUGCAGCAGAUUCUCUUUCUUUCUUAGCUGUAGUGUUUUUUGUUUUUAUGGGUUUUUUUGUGUGUUAAAAACACUGUGUUGGACCCAUCCUCAGCUUAGGACAAAAAAUUCACAGGACACCAGCAGAGAUUUUCUUUCUGGUUAUAAAGGGUUAGAUUACAAGAGCAGAUGUUGGACACUACGAUGGAGAAGCGUAUUAAGCGUGCGCUGUCUCUGCUCCUGCUCUUAGUGUGUUUAGUGAAGUUUGGUGUAAAUGGUGGGAGAGAUGCACCUCAUCCUGAUACCUCUAAGAGUAAAGAAGCUCCCAAACGUCCAUCACGCUCCUCAGACCCCAAAGCGGGCCGCUGCUCAUACACCUUCAUCGUUCCGCAGCAGAAGCUGAAAGGUGCACUGUGUGUGAGUACCGAAACAGUGCGGGCCAACGGAUCUGAGACCGCCGACCUGCGCGCUCAACUCAAUAACCAGCAGGAGCAGCUUGACAGGUUGCGUGUGCGUCUGGAGCAGGACAGAGUGCUGGCGAGCGAGAUGAGCAUCCUGCGCAGAGAAAGCAGUGCCAUGAACGCUCGCAUCUCCCAGCUGUACGCCCAGCUGCUGAACGUGAUCAUCAACGAGCAGGAGCAGGUGGUGGAGCAGAGACGUCUGGAGGAGCUACUGUUGAACACCACCUUACAGGUGCUGCAGAUAUCGAACAGUUACAGAGAGCUGGAGAUGAAAUACGAGGCACUCACUUCUCUGGUGAACAACCAGAGUCAACUAAUGACACAGUUGGAAAAACAAUGUCAGAUGAGCACCAUCACCAAACCACAGCAGGUCGAUCAGUCAGUCGUCCUGCAGAACGAGAGUGUCAAGCCUAAACAUGAAGUCAGGAACAUUCAAAGAGACCAAAGUGCUUUUCUGCAACAGAAACAAACACUGCAGGAGAUUCAUGGGCUCCUCACCAUGGCCACAGAUCUCCCUACUGACAAGCCGUUCAUCAGUUUCCCUGCUACUAAGUCACCAGGGCCAUGGAAAGACUGCCAGCAUGUCCUGGACUCAGAAGAAAGCAUCAGUGGAAUCUACCUGCUACGUCCACAAAACUCUAACCGACUGUUCCAGGCGUGGUGCGACCAGAACCACGCUCAGGGUGGAUGGACCGUCAUCCAGAGAAGACUGGAUGGCUCUGUCAACUUCUUCAGAAACUGGGAUCAGUACAAGCAAGGCUUUGGGAAUCUGGAUGGUGAGUACUGGUUGGGUCUGGAAAAUCUCUUCUGGAUGAUCUCACAGGCUUCCUACAAGCUCAGAGUGCACAUGGAGGACUGGCAGGGCCGGCAGGUGUUUGCAGAAUACGACAGCUUCUACAUAGAACCUGAAAGCGACUGGUACCGCCUGAGACUGGGAUCCUACCAGGGCACCGCUGGUGACUCACUCUCCUGGCACAGCAAUAAAGCUUUUACCACACUUGACCGCGACAAGGAUGCCUACUCAGGUAACUGUGCUCAUUACCAGAAGGGGGGCUGGUGGUACCACAUGUGUGCUCACUCAAACCUAAACGGGGUUUGGUACAGAGGAGGCCAUUAUCGCAGCCGCUACCAGGACGGCGUUUACUGGGCUGAGUUCCAUGGAGGCUCGUACUCUCUCAAGAAGGUCACAAUGAUGGUUAAACCCAUUCAACCUACUGAAGAACUGGUGAAGUAAAGCUUGGUACUAACUACUAAACUGUACAGCUGAGCAAACAUCAGAGGAAUGGAAAUAACCUGACAAAAGUCUCAGAAAAGUUAAUCGGUUCUAUUUCAUUCUGCUGGAAUUGAUGACUGCAUCUGUUUGGAACACAGCAUUUUCUAUCAUAAUUGAUGAAAUGAUAAAGAUGAUAAUGAUCAACUGAUGAAUGUAAUAUUGUGUGUUGUUGACUUAGUGUCAGUGUUAGUUGCUAGACCAGAUUUAAGAGGCUUUAUUUCCCCAAAUACUCUUUAUCCCCUUUGAAUAAAUGUACAUUAUUUGUUUAAAUCAGCAUAGAUUUUCUGAUUUUAAAUGAGUGGCCUAUUAUAGCCCAGUGGUUAACCUACACGGACAUCUGGAUAUGCAAAGUAAUAUUUAUUCAAAGUAAAAUAUGCUGAAAGAUGUCAGUGUGAAGAAAAAUGCUAGCUCAGUGGUUGGACCAUUGAUGGUGUCACUUGAAAAUACAACAGGUGAAUCAAUCAUAAUAUGAAUCUGAAGUGACUGACAAAUUUCUACUUGUUUUGGACUCUCCAAUGGCAACAGACGCUGUGGAAGCCACAUCCUCUGUUUUUUGCACUUGAAAGUUGCGGUUAUGUUGAACAUUUCCUUUCUAUCAAGGCAAAGGGAGAAUGCUUUAUAUACAUUAAAGACAUCAGUGGUUUCAGGCUUAUUUAUGACGUGUUCAGGUAUGAGAAAUGUCUUGUGUCUAGAAAAUAGUUCUGAAGGUGAUAAACAAAUUUAUAUGAAGUGUCAAAACAUUUUACAAAUAAAUAAAGGUUUCUUUUCUUUUCGGAUGUAACAUCUCCUUCAUAGAACAGGAAGAAAGAAAAUCACUGCUGUUUAUUAUUCAAUGUUGUGUGUUUAAAGACCUGAAAGAUAUCAUCCAAUAAAAGUAAAUCAAAUUAAGAAAUGAUUUGAGUGAAAAUGAUGAAUUGAGUUCAGCUACACUCUCACUGACAAUUCCCUUAUUUACUUUACAUGUCAUAUGCUACUGUAUAACAUGCCUCAACUGGUCCCUUAUCACAAUAUCUGAUUAUGUAUAUGUUAUGUAAGAUUUCUCUCUCUCUCUCUCUUCCCACAUCUUCAAUCUCUCUAGCUAAAAGUGGUGGGAAAAGGUCAGGCCUGGCAUCCUGAGAGAAGAAACCUCACUUUAUGCCAGUACGGUCUUCCACCAGCUCUAUUCUUAUACACAUUGUCUUCUCUCCUAGUGUUCUUUACUUUUAACCCAUUUUCCGAAUAGGAGUUCUGAAAAGGAAAAAAAAUGUUUCAACAGGAAAAGAAGUAAAGCUGCUGAAUAUAACUAUGAGUCAUGCACAUAAUCGAGUGCUGCUGUUUGGGAUGGAAUCCAUAGUCCAUUACCUUUACUGCAGCAGUGAGAAAUAAAUGUAAAAUGUGUAAAGUUGGCACAUUGCCUAAAAUCAUUUGUUCCAGUAUAGACAUUUCUUAACAGACCUUUUGUUAACAAUUUCCAUAAGAGGUAAAGUUUCUCUGAAUAUUAGACGGUUAAACCACAAUAAGGGAAGCAAAAGCUGCUGAAUAUACAGUAUGCUUCACAAAUCAACCAAAGCAGGUGCUUCCUCUUUCAAUUCUUCUUCUUUUCGCUUUUCCCUUCAGGGGCUGCCACAACGAAUCAUCUCUCUCCACCUAUCCCUAUAUUCUGCAUCCUCAACACUUG